AUGCCCGCCUCACCCCCCAAUCCCAAUUGCAAUCCCCCUCUCCAAACCCUCGUCGACUCCCUCGUCCAGAAAUACCAAGGAGCCUCACCAAGUCCCGUCUUGCUUGACCUUCUCCACAAGCCCGAUCAAUACGCUCUGCUAGUCAACGCUCUCUACCGCCAGAUAUCACUGAUCAAGCGCCGCUCGCAAGCACUUGAGGAUUGCCAGAUCACUAUCUACGACAAGGCUUUGCUGGAGUUGUCUAUGGAGGGGUGUUAUCCGAUUCAAACGGGGGUUGUAGAGUUGUAUCUGGCGGAGUUUCUAGGGUUGGAUGAGACUGAGGAUGUCAAGGAUGCGCUGGGGAAGCAUGUCGCAUUGCAGAAUGUGUUGAGUACGAGAGAAUCUGAAUCCAAUCCCUACACCACCCGCUCUAAACGCGAACCCACCAGCCCACGCAUCAAACACGAAGAACCUACCAAAUCCGAAACCCACUCAAGCCCUAUUACUACCAGCAGCAGCAGCAGCAGCAAAACCUCUCCCCAACUCAACGAACGCGUCACCCGCAUGCUCGCCGUCUACCACCGCGCCAAAGAAGACUACCAACGCAUCAAGCGCCGCGACAACGUCGAGCCCCUCCACGCCGUCCGCUUCCUUCGCGACACGGCCGAGAACACGAUCCUGUAUCUGCGGGCAAAUGGAUUCUUCGACCACGAGCUGAUUCCCGAGUUGGAGAGUAUGUUUGAUUAUGCGAGGGACAAAGCGGCGCAGCUUUCGGGGGGUAGGAAGAGGCAUUUUGAUGAUGAUCGGGAGAGGCAGAGAGAAAGGGACAGGGUUUGGAAUAGGAGGGGGGAGAGUGGCGAGAAGAGGAGUAGGAGUGGGAGGGUUAUUGAUUCGUAUCGGCCUGGUUACUUAUCUAAGUAG